GUUAGUAACAACUGUGACCGCGAAGCGAGCGCUCGUCGCGUUGUUAUGCGCAUAUUAAUAAGUGAUUUCGAGCAACAAAACAACGUAUUUUUUUAUUACUAACAAUUUUAAGUGUGGUUUAAGUUUUAAAAGUGUUAUUUGUAAAAGGUGUUUUGCUUCUUAUAACGCAGAAAAAUGUUUCAGUAUGAGUAUGAGAAGCGGCCUCCUUCCUCAGUCUCUUGCGACACUUCCACUACUGUAGCCACCGACUGGUCCCGAAGAUACCCGACCGUUCCCGAGCGCGUGCCGAACGCGCGCCGGCCAUUACCGCCGCGGCCGACUGUCAUACAUCGCGUCCCGGAUAAGACAAUUGUUCCUCUGAAGGUAUGGAUCAUCGCCAGUGCCUCCUGCUUCGCAGUCUGCGCGGCCCUGGUGCUCGCCACCGUGGUGAUCACCAAGUGGGAUACCUCGGAGACCUUCACCACACGGGAGGUGUUCCAAUCACCAGAACCUAUACGCGUAGAAGAACAACAGCCAACAACAUAUCAAGAACAGCGUGUGACAGAAGACACGGCAGUAUUAGAGAAACUAUCAAUUUUCAAAAACUUCGUACCAAAUAGGGAACAUAAGAGCCUGAUAAUGAAACCACAGAUUCACCCAAUACAUGACGAAAUUAUACAUGAAGAAAGACCUAUCAAGAAGAAGGAUAGACCUGAAAUUGGUGUAGCACCAGAAAUACAUGAUUUGGAUGCUGAGAAAGAAGCAAUACAAGAGCCUAACAAUCAUAUAGCGGAUAGAUUUGAAGUAAAUGAAACUAAAGUGAAUGUGGUAAACGAUUUUGUGCCUAAUUUCAAGCCGAUACUGUCUAGUUUUGGUAAAAGCAUUGAUGCGGAGAUACCUUAUGGAUUUUUGGAUGGAAAAGACGACUAUUUCUACAAUGACGAAAACCUUUACGACGAUUAUAUGCAAAGCAAUUCAAUGACGAGCUACCUUAUUGAAAAGGUUCAGGAGCUACAUGAUUGGGUGUCCACUGAUCCUGAUAUUACUGCCAAUCAGACUAGGCAAGACAAUGACUUCGGGUCCGUAUUAAAAGCCCUGAACGAGAGCUUGGUAGAAGGGAAUAUAACAAUAGUCAUGCAUAAACUAAGGGACAUGUAUUUUGGUGAAAAUUAUACCCAUUUCAAUAAUAGCAGGAAGGUGAUAGUGACUAAUAGUACUGAUUUGCUGUCGUUUGGGAUUUUGACUCUGGAUGUGAUGUUGUUGCAUAAUAUUCAGCUCAUGGCUUGGGAGAAUCAGGAACUAGCUCGCACUAAGAUGAUGCAGGAUCCAGACGUGUUUGCAUUCAACGCCCUCUUCCUAGACCCCAGUAAAGUGGAGAUGAAACAGAAUGAGAUCGCUCACGAUGGCUCUCUAUUUCUUAAACGGUUGAAUCCGCGUCAAGAUCCCAUUGAAGACUUGGACAUCGGGAAGAACCUGCUGGAGAAUAUCAUGGAAGUCGGCAUGAGCACCGCGCGCGCAGCCAUACAUCUCGGCAGGGCUUACAAGAAUACUAAAAACAUUCUAAACCAAAUUUCGAACAAGGAACAGCAAGCGGCCAGUAUUCAGAAUCAAAUGUCUCGGAAUAUUGAUGGCAACACUCACGCAUUAAAUCAUCUGCAGACGUCAUUUGACAGUACACACGGUGUUGCCAGUAAUGGGAGCUUCUAUACAGAAUUGGAUUGCGUAUGGCUGUUAUAUUGUAGAAAUUUAGCUGCUACUACUAAAUUAAAUGCGCCGUAUGGAACAAUGGCUCGAAUAAAUGGUGUCGCCCUAAGAAUGUUGACUGGAGAAUUGCCGGCAAAUAAGGCGCUGGACACGCUGCUAUACGAAGUGCUGACUGGCUGGACAGAACUGAAGUGUAACGAUAUGUUCCCUAGAUGCAGCAAAGUGAACGCAGCGUCAAUAGUACUGGACACGAUCAUGCAAUCACAUAGAAAGUCACAAGUAACCAACAGAGGGCGGUAAACUCAAUAGUUAUAAGAAUAUUUUAUUUUACGUAAUAUUUUCACAAUCUGUUUCAAAGAAUGUUAAGUUUUUAGAGUUUAUUAUAAGUUUUAUGUUUAUGA